AUGCGAGUGACGCACUCACGCGCUCAAAUUCGUCCUCGUCAGCUCAACUUUCACUAUCAAAGCUCACACGCUCGAGCUCGUCGUUCGAGCACUCGUUUCACGCGCUCAAGCGGCGAGCGCGUCGAUGCGAAUGUCCUCAAUGCGAGCGCAAAGUUUGCGUACGCGUGGGUGACGCUCGGGUACGUCGCUCCGAGCGCGCUCGCGUCGGGAAGACUCGGCGAAACGAGCGACGUGGAGUACCUCGCGAUCGUGGCGCUGACGUGCGAAACGAUCAAGGCGUACGCGACGUAUCGAGUCGUGAAUGAUUCGAACGACGAUGUGCUGCGCGACGCGGUCGAGGGGUGGGCGAGUGGACGGGCGGUGUUGGACGGCGUCGCUUUCGGAGCUGUCGCGUGCGUCUGCGCGAGAGUCGUGGACGGUGCGAGCGCGAUGCUUUUCGGCGCGAGCGAUGGGAUUGAUAAAAUCGAUACGGCAGCACUCGCGACGAGUGCGGAUGGGGGCGCGUUGGCGACUUCGGCGGCCGCGAUCGCAGCGUGCGUCGUCGCCCCGGCGCUCGAGGAGUUUUUCUUUCGAGGAUUUCUCUACGACGAUCUUAUCACUCGUUCUGGCUCGAACGCACUCGCCGUGACGAUAUCAUCAAUGGUGUUUGCCGUCGCGCACUUCUCGCCGCGAGAUGUCCCCUCGCUCGCGACGUGCGGCGUUGUCUUUGCGUUCGCCAAAUCGACCCCGAGCGGUUUACCCGCGGCCGUCGUCGCACACGCCGUUUUCAACGCCAGCGUCCUCGUCGAGCGCGCGCUCGCGAGCUGA